UUAACCAACCUUCGGAGAAAAAAAAAAUGCUGGACCAUAGACGUUAUGGGUUGGUUUAUUUGGACCCGGUUCAACCCCGGAAAUAUAAGUAACAACAGCUGAGGAAGAGGAAGCGAUGAUUGGUUAAAUUUGAUUUUCAGUUAUAGUGGUCCGAGUAUUCCUAAACAACACAAAGGGAAGCAGAGACGCAGAGGCAAAGCAACAAUGGCGACCAGAGAGAGAGAAAGGGAAAGGGAUCUCGAGCUCCUCAUCCCAGUCGCUUCAGUUUCCGAAACCGGAGGAGAUUCCAAAUCCUCCUCCCCAGCAAACUCCCCACCUCCCACCACCUCCCAUUCCCAUCAUCAAACCGGCCACGAGGCCUUUUCGAAAGUUAUUCAGAGCUGGGCUUCCAAGAAGUUUAUGACAGGAUGUGUCAUUCUUCUUCCAAUAGCUAUUACAUUCUACAUCACAUGGGCUUUCAUUAAAUUUGUUGAUGGUUUCUUCUCCCCAAUCUACAGUCACCUCGGAAUCAAUAUUUUCGGUCUUGGAUUUGCAACCUCCCUCACCUUCAUCUUCUUAGUCGGCAUUUUCAUGCAAUCGUGGUUGGGAACUUCUGUUCUUACUCUUUGGGAGUGGUUUAUUAAGAAAAUGCCGCUUAUAAGCUAUAUCUACGCUGCAUCAAAACAAAUUAGCAUAGCAAUUUCACCAGAUCAGAGCUCGAAAGCAUUUAAGGAAGUGGCGAUCAUAAGGCAUCCAAGAAUUGGGGAGUAUGCAUUAGGGUUUAUCACUUCAACUGUUGUUCUUUCUCAAAGAAACGUAGGAGAAGAACUAUGCUGUGUUUAUAUACCUACGAACCACCUUUAUCUUGGAGAUAUUUUUCUGAUCAGUCCCAAGGAUAUUCUGAGGCCUAAUCUGUCCGUUCGAGAGGGGAUUGAAAUUGUCAUCUCCGGAGGUCUAUCCAUACCGCAACUUUUAACUACGGUGGAUGCACAAGUCCUUACACCAAGAAGAGUUCCGCACUUUGAAGAGCCAAAAGUAUGAUCAUAUGUCUUUACAAUGCAGAAGUUGUCAAACUCAAACUAAGUUUUGCAGAGAAAGUUUAGAGGCUCAAAAGCUGCCGGAUCGUACCGGGAAUGGAGUGAAGAACACCAUAGCAGAAUCCUGAAAUGCAGAGAAGCCCCUUUUAGAAACAAAACUAUAAACAUACCACAACUGAAAGUAUUUGUAUACAAGGGACAUAUACCUCUCUUAAGUACCAUAUAUUAUGAAUACCAAUUUGUAAAUGUUUCUUUUUAUCUAAUGUGAUUUGAU